AUUUCAUUUUUUUCUGGGAGGCUUUUUAAUGGAAGAAGCUUGAGAUUACAGUAAAUGUUUCGCAUUACUUUACAAAGCAAUAACCUGCUUUGAUAUUAUUUAAUUCGUUCUAACGGUUUCGUUCAGGGGUCAAACUUACUGAUUAAAAUCAAUUGAAUAAUUUAAACGAUGGAAAAACGAUUAUCAGUGACGAAACAGGUGUGGAUAAAAAGUGUUUUGUAAAGUGUAUAAAGGUAAAAUUAACAGGAUCGAUUAGUUGGCUGACAUUACUAAACUGAGAAUAAACAAAUCGAUAGCAGUGUCGUCAAAUUCAUCCAAUGGGUCUGAUAAACGUUGUUUUUUACAAAAACCACAAAGAUAUAGAACUACCGCGCUACCAGAUGGUCCGCAAAUGUAGAUUAGCUGACUUGAGCUGGAAGUACUGAUGAUGAACGGAUGACUGGAAUCAAUCACUCGGUCAUCGCAUGUAGCCCAGUCGUGAUAUUGAAUAUCAUACAUCCAUGACGUCAGUCAUUAUCAACCACCACUUGCGUGUGAGUAACGCAUUCAAAUUAAGUACACUCUUGUCAUAAAGCGCGCCAAAUUGCCGGUCGAACGGCUACAUGGUUUGGGAUAGAUGAACGCAUUUAAAUGUUGCUGCAAAUCAUUUAAAAGUCUAAUUAUGGAAUCACAUUGAUAACAGGUAAAUACAUCACACAGUUGUUCUUGUUCUGGCUCAGUCACAUGCAGUAUAAUAUACACAAUAAAGUUAUGUUUCAGUGAUAAAACUCUCUCGAGCACUUUGUUUUAAUCUGGAUAUUACCACCGUCAUCUUAGUUCUAUCCUCAUUUAGAUUUAAAUUUGUGACUGCAUUGCAUCAUAUAUUGCUUGUUCGCUUUCUGUCUCAUGUCAUAUCGUGCGCAAACACGGGCUCGUUGAAGGCCUUGAAGUUGUCAAGUUGCGUUACUUGGUUAAUCAGAAGCGGCUAUAGUACUGUACCGUGAGUUAGCGUGUCCCCUAGAUUCUGACUUGCUCCGUAACAUAUAUAGACAUCUAACCUAUACAUUGUAGAUAUGCUUCACAUGUCAUAGUUUUUUUUUUUGGUUUUGUUAUGUGUGUUUCCUUUUGCCAUUUCGACUCUGCAUCGGUCAAACAAGAAAGGAGUUGGGACCUAUCAAAUACAUUAAGAUGAUACUGUGGGUACCAAGAACUUGAGAUUCAACAAGUAAUUCAGAUCUUUUUCGAUGGAAAUGGCAUGAUGUCAUCCAAAAGAAGAAAAAGUUUCGUUGAUCUCGACUUUGGAUCGGAUGCAGGUGACCGCAGUGGGUCUAACAGUCCAUCGCUUCUGCUGUCACCUCAUUCAGGCGGAUCCCAGCAGGACCUCUACUAUCACCAAGCUGAUGAUGAAAUGAGUAAUCAUGGAGAUAGCCCUCCACGUGCGCCCCCUGUCAAGAUAGAACUCAGAAUAAAAUCAGGGGGACUUGGAUUCAACAUUAAAGGUGGGAGAGACCAGCCCGUUAGAGCAGGAGAUCCUGGUAUUUACAUCAGUAGACUACGGCCAGGAGCUGUAGCUGAGAAGGAUGGUAGAUUAAAGCCUGGAGACAAGAUAGUUGAGAUAAAUGGCGAAGAUACUCGUAACGUCAUUCAUGAUGAAGCGCUGAAACUUUUCCGCCAAAACCAGCAAAGUAUCAGUCUCUUGGUUGAACAAAACGCUAUUCUUCCGAGCGAUUUAACAAAAGAUAGAGAAGACGAAAAGAACAUACAACGCAUUGAACUAAGAAAAGAUAAAAAAGGUAAAGGAGUUGGACUGGGCUUUAACAUUCGUGGAGGUCGAGACAACCCUUACGUACCCAACGAUCCCAGUAUCUACGUCACAAGGAUACGAAGUGAUGGCGCUGCUGCCUUUGAUGGACGAUUGGGGGUUGGAGAUAAGAUUCUUGAGAUAAACGGCGUCAACGUUCGCUCAACUACCAUAGAUAACGCGGUGGAACUUCUACAACUUGCGAAGAAAAAAGUGACCUUGUUGGUCCUCAAAAGUGCUUUACAAGAAACUGUGAAAAAAGCCCGCGAAGGAGCUGUUGACAGCGUGAGGGGAAAGGAGAUUGUCGUGGAAUUGAAAAAGAGUGCUUCAGAAGGUCUUGGAUUCAACAUAAGAGGAGGUCAGGGUACGAACUACAUUCGAGGUCAUCCAGGGAUAUUCAUCACUUCCAUUAAGCGAGGUGGCGUCGCACACAAAGAUGGAACGCUACAACCAGGAGAUCGUAUUUUAGAAAUGAAUGGUGUGGAUGUGAGGAACGUGCCGCAAGAUGCCGCUGUACAGGUCGUCAAUAGAGCCGGGGACUCAGUUAAAUUAUUAAUAGAGAAAAAUGCAGAGGAGCUUUUCAAGAAAUCCGAGUUUUUUAAUCUUAAUUUUGAUGAAGAAGACAUGAGUGGAGAAAAAGGAUGCUAUUUUAGAGAUGGAAAGAGGAAUAUAGAUUUUGUUCUCGUGUACGAAGAAGGUGAAAAGCCGGAACCUCCAGACUUUACGAUUAAAAGACAAAGAUACAUGGAAAACUUGAAAAAAUCUCAGCUUGAGUUUGAAGAGGAAAUAUCUCAAGACGAGAAGGGCAAAAUACACUUUAUUAAAUGUCACGUGCCAUGGGAAGUAAUGUUGUUCUACGCCGAGGAGCUCAGCUUUAGGGCUCCACUUAAGCAACGAACAGGCGUUAAAAUCAACUGGACAGAAAAAAUGAUGAAAAAGCUUCACCUACCAAACCCAUUCAAGAAUGAGGUUCCCGAUGCACCCCCUGAUUACUUUACAACACAGUUUAAAGCCAAUAAACUACAUAAAUUUAUUAACAGUGAUGACCCUGAUCAUUACUUCACCGACACCGAGAGGACAAGAGUGGCAAGUGAGAUUCUGGAAACAGCUUGUUAUGGAAAGAGACAGAAGGGCGAAAUCGGUAUCAAUCGAUUAGUAAAUGAAGGAGUUUACUCUGCAGCCUAUCCUUUACACGUGGGACCGGCUGAGCUACCGCCUGGAUAUCACCAAGGACCGCAUGGACCUGAAGAAAUCAAACUAAACAUGAGACAGAUCCUCAAGGAAUACUGGGGACGGUGGGGAGCCUGGUUGAAAUACCAACCACUCGAUCACAUCAGGUGGUACUUUGGAGAGAAAAUUGGCAUAUAUUUUGCAUGGCUAGGUCAAUAUACAGCCUGGCUUAUCAUGCCUUCAGUAGUUGGUUUGCUGGUGUUUAUGUACGGUGUCCUAACCAUCAAUGGAGGCGCAAACAAGCCUGCGCUUGACAUGUGUAAUUUUCCUAAAUGGACUUUCCCCAUGUGCCCUGCAUGUGAGGUUGGCUGUGCUGUCUGGGAUCUUCAUACAGCUUGCUCUCGCGCUAAGCAUGCAUAUCUGUUUGACAACCCAAUGACAGUCGCUUAUGCGAUAUUUGUUUCCUUUUGGGCUGUAUUUUUCCUUGAGUUUUGGAAAAGAAAAGAAGUAACGAUUGGAUACCAAUGGGACGUUUUGGAGUUUGAAGAAGAAGAGGAACGUCCAAGACCCACAUUUGCUGCAUUAGCUCCUGCCGUUGAACGAAAUCCCAUAACUGGUUUAUUAGAACCGUACUUUCCACAAGAAAAACGAUCAUUUAGAAUGUACUCUGGGAUAGCCAUCAUCUGUGGCAUGGUUUCCCUGGUCAUGUUAUUCAUGGUUGGUGUGAUUGUAUACAAGUUGCUUGUCAUUCAUCCACUCUACAAGAACCCAGAUCUUCAACCACACGCUAAUCAGUUUGUUUCUGCUACUGGUGCUGUUCUUAACUUGAUCAUUAUCAUGAUCCUUAGUAGGGUUUACGAAAAAUUAGCCCUCCUUCUGAACCACUGGGAAAUGCAUCGAACCCAAACUGAAUAUGAGGACAACUUGACGUUAAAAGUGUUUAUUUUCCAGUUCAUGAACUUCUAUUCUUCAAUAUUUUAUAUUGCCUUCUUCAAGGGAAAAUUUGUUGGUUAUCCUGGCAACUAUGGCACGAUAUUUGGUCUACGGAAUGAAGAGUGCAGCCCAGGAGGAUGUUUGAUUGAACUCGCUCAACAGUUGGCAGUUAUCAUGAUUGGAAAACAAGUCAUCGGCAAUGUUCAGGAAGUCUUGAUCCCGGAGAUCAAACAAUACCUGAAGAAAAGAAAGCGGGGAUCGAAAGGUAACGAUGAAAUCAAACCAAGAUGGGAAGCAGAUUACGAGCUGCUGGAAAACGAAGGUCUUUUCCAGGAAUACCUCGAGAUGGUUAUCCAGUUUGGUUUCAUCACAUUGUUCGUCGCUGCUUUCCCCUUGGCUCCAUUCUUCGCACUGGCCAACAACGUUUUUGAAAUCCGUAUCGACUCGGACAAGUUUGUUUGUGAUUUACGUCGUUCAACUGCUGACAGAGCUCAAGAUAUUGGAGUGUGGUUUAAGAUACUCGACGGUAUUGCCAAACUAGCAGUUAUUAGUAAUGCCUUCUUGAUUGCAUUUACUUCUGAGUUUCUACCCAAACUAUUGUACGCUGGCAUCGUAUCUGAAAGUGGAAAUUUAGAUGGAUAUCUAAACUUUAGCCUUUCCUGGGCACCUGCGAAUACCACUUCACAACCCUGCAGGUACCAGGGAUUGAGAGAUAGGGAUGGCCAUCUUACCACAUUUUUUUGGCACCUUGUUACUCUACGACUGGCAUUUGUGAUUUUAUUUGAGCAUUUCGUGUUUGGAGUUUCCACUCUUAUUGACGUCAUCGUACCAGAUAUACCCCAGGGUCUUCAGGACACUAUCAAAAGAGAAAAAUACUUAGCUACCCAGGCUCUCGCGGAUCAUCAUGGCCUAAUGGGGUCUAGUGAUAUUCUGAACUAUGAUGACGUAUUAGUAGAUAUGGCUUAGUUCCAUGUGCCUCGAAUAAAUAUAUCAUUGCAAUACUAAUGCGCGAUAAAUGUAUAGAUGGAUAUUUUCUGUGCAAUCUAUUCCAUUGCAUUUGAAAUCAAGACUAUUUUCUACAACCAAUUAUAUAAUUAGUUUAUAAAAGAGUGUUUAACUGCUUGGUUGACACGAGACUGUUAAACGUGCGGUAGGGGAUAUACAUGCAGUAUGGCUUUACUGGAAAAUAGAUGGAAUAAGUUGAACAGAAAACUAAGGGAUGAUGUUUAUCUUGGUGCCGAUACUUUUAAACUGUCCUAUUGCCAUGACAACGGUGUAGUCAGCAACAUGCAUGAAACAGUAUACAAGUGUGAUUCAACAGCUUAGCUAAAAGAGACCGUUAAACAAAGUACAUAAUAGUUAAGCUGAGGGCUUACAAUCGGAAAUAUAAUUCUAAAUUCUGUGGGAUUAUUUGUCAAUAUACAUCUCUUAACUGCUAUAUGCUGCAAUAAUGAACUAAUUUCAAAACAAUUAAACACCAUGGUAAUGAA